GACGAGCGCACCUACGAGGAGAUCAUUGCCGAGGACGAGGAGACAGCCCUUGAAAUUGCUGCUCUGGAGUCGAGCGACCUUGUGCAGAAGAAGGAGUACAUCAACCACACCGAUGCGCUGACCGCACUCGUUGAGGAGAUCUCGAUGAAGGGUCUGCCCUGGCUCCAGAGGUGCGACAUCACGAGCUCGAAGCCGAUCGUUGUUGAGAAGACCGAGAACGACCUGGAUCGUGAGCUCAAGUUCUACGAGCAGGGCCUGGAGGCAGCCAUCAAGGGCAAGCUCGAGGUGGAAAAGGCUGGCGUCCCGUUCUCGCGCCCCGAUGACUACUUUGCCGAGAUGGUCAAGUCUGAUGAGCACAUGAUGAAGAUCCGCCAGAAGCUGCUCGACCAGCAGAAGGGCAUCCAGAACGCCGAGGAGGCCAAGAAGCAGCGCGAGCUGCGCAAGUAUGGAAAGAAGAUCCAGCAGGAGAAGCUGAAGGAGCGCGAGGACCAGAAGAAGGCGGCCCUGGACAAGAUCGCCACCAUCAAGAAG